CAAUGAUGGCCGCGCUGUUCAUCGCAUCCCUAUUGAGAGCCAUCACAUGGUUUGUGAUGUUUAUGAGGGCUUCAGUUAAUCUCCACAACACUAUAUUCUACCGUCUAUUACGGGCCCCGAUAUCUGUUUUUGAAAAUAACCCAGUUGCUCGGAGUCCAGUGUUUUCACACGUGAGCACUACAUUCAAUGGGUUGGCCAGUGUUAGGGCCUUUGGGGCGCAGGAGGUGUUUGAGAAACAAUUCUACGUCUACCAAGAUGAUCACUCGGCCACCUGGAUGCUCGUCACCAAUUCUAGUUACGCAUUUGCUUUAAUAAUAGAUGGACUGUGUUUUGUGUAUACAGUAAUAAUAGUUGUGGUGUUUAUGGCAUUUCCCGAACAGUUAGGAGCGGGAGAUGCAGGACUCGCUUUAGCAUCAGCUCUAAUCCUGACGAGAGGGACGUCAUGGGGAACGCGGAUGUCGGUUGAUAUGGAGAGUCAGAUGACUUCAGUCGAGCGCAUCAUUGAGUACUCAAGACUACCACAAGAGGCGGCCCUCAACUCCGAUGAUAGCCAUAAACCCCCUCCCGAUUGGCCACAGAAGGGAGAGAUAGAGCUCAAGGGUAUGAGUUUGUGUUACGAGGGAUCAGACAAACCGGUGCUCAAGAACUUGAGUUGUGUUAUAAAGAGUGGA